UGCUCAGUCCGGGAGAGAGGAGACAGAAAGAAGCAACAGGAAGAAAAUAACUUCAGAGAAACAAUUGCAAGCUGCACUUUUCAGUGAGAAAAUGUCCUGAUCCAGAGGGAGCGGACCCGAUCCUGGUUGCAACGACCACAACUGCUCCAAAAGAAAAAAAGAUCUCUGAAGACUCUGCAGUUUAUAACGUUUCCUCUUCCAAACCUUUUCUUCUCUGAAGCAAAACUUUUCUAAGAAUGUAGGGCUGUUCCUGGCCUGAAAGAACAGUCAUGGCCGACAGCGGCAUGGACUUCAAGACGGAUGCCGUCUCGGUGGCGGAGCCUCCCCCCAUGGACUUAGAGGAGGGCACAGAGUCUGAGCUAGACGCCCCUGGGGAAUCUGGAGAAAGCGUCGCUUCCAUCCAGCAAGAGGCCCAGAUCCCUUGUGGCCACCUGGAGGCUAUCCCUGCCCUUCCAAACACAAACUCUGAGAUCUGCGAUCCGGGGACACCUGAGACUCGGAGUGGCUCGGAUAUUCCAGAGGGAUCUAGAUGGCUUUCAAAUCCACCAGAUUCCAGUUCCCUGGGUUACACAGAAGCAGGCGUCAAAGGCUCCAGGGACUGGAUGGCUCAGUCUGCGGAACCUGAUCCCCAAAAGGGUUUGGAGGCAGACAGCAGCCCCCAGAGCCCACCUGCCGUUGACCAGGGCGAGCUUCUCAUGGAGUUAGAGGACGCCUACACAAGAGAGGGGGCCGCAGAGGCGGACCAGGUCCCGCUCGAAGGCCUGCUUGCCCAGCUGCAGAGACUCAGCCCUGGUUUUGACGACAGAUCCCCCACCUCUGAAGAUGGGCUCCUGCACGCCUCAGACAGCGAGGAGGGAUGUGAUUUUGGAGGAGACGGAGACCCCCUCCUUGAGCCUGCAGAGUGCCGGGGGCCGCCAGGGGACUGUGGCCCUUGCCCGCUACACAUCGCCACGGGACAUGGUUUGGGGGCCUCACCCCACAAGCUCCAGCUAGCCGCCCACCGGCGGAGAGGCCGGGGUUUGCUUUCGGCCGAGACUGACAGCGAGGACUUGCUCAGCCUCCUCCACUACGAAGGGGGGGUCCCCUCGGAGGCGAGUGGCCAGAUGCCCCUGGCUCGCUCGGGCGCAGUGGCUGGCAGCAGCUGCCAGAGUGGGCAGGCGCCAGGCAGGAGGGUGGCACGAGAGAUGCCCCCAAGUCAUGGCUCGGACAGGGCAGAGGGAAAAGGACCCUGCCGGUGGGUUCCGAGAGAGGGCGUCGGACAGGAAGAUCCCACCUCCUCUGACCCCGGCUCGGGAGCGCACAGGUGGGAGAGCUCUCCGGAGCCAUGUUGGAGACGACCAGUACCAGGAUCGAGCCAUGAGGAAGGGGCAUCUUCUGUGUCGGAUUUGGCUAAUAAAGCAGAGUUAUCUUCCUUGCCAUCUUACAAAGAAGUGCCAGGCCCCUGCGAGCCUGAAGAUCUGCUGGACGGGGUGAUCUUUGGGGCCAAGUACCUCGGUUCCACGCAGCUGAUCUCAGAGAGGAACCCACCCACCCACAUCCGCAUGGCCCAGGCUCAGAAGGCCGUAGACAGGAUCAAGGCCCCAGAAGGAGAAUCCCAGCCGAUGACAGAGGUGGAUCUCUUUAUCUCCACGCAAAGGAUCAAGGUCCUGACGGCUGACUCCCAGGAGGCUAUGAUGGACCACCCCCUGCAGACCAUCUCCUACAUCGCUGACAUUGGGAGCAUCGUGGUCCUGAUGGCCCGUCGGAAAUUGCCUCGCCGGACGGAGGUGGCUGCGGAGAAGCAGCUGUACAAGAUGAUCUGCCACGUCUUCCACUCAGCUGACGCUCCCUUGAUAGCUCAAGCAAUCGGCCAGGCCUUCAGCGUGGCUUACCAGCAUUUCCUGCGGGCCAGCGGCAUCGACCCUAACCAGCACGACGACGACGAUGAAGACCUCGCGAAGGAGGAAGAGCUGUACAAUGGAGAUUUACCUCACUUUUCCAAGCAAGAGAACUGUAAGGAAGUCAUCAUCCAUAAACAGAAGGGGGAGAUCCUGGGCAUGGUGAUUGUCGAGUCAGGUUGGGGCUCCAUCCUGCCCACGGUGGUCGUCGCCAACCUCAUGCACAAGGGGGCAGCAGAGAGGUCGGGCAAGCUCAGCAUCGGCGACCGCAUCAUGGCCGUCAAUGGGACCAGCCUGGUGGGCUUGCCGCUUGCAUCAUGCCAGGCCAUCAUACGGGAUUUGAAAAACCAGACCGAGGCGACCCUCCGUGUGGUCCACUGCCCCCCUGUCACCACAGCUAUUGUGCGGAGGCCCGAUGCAAAAUACCCCCUGGGGUUCUGCGUGGAAAAUGGCAUUAUCUGCAGCCUCAUGCGUGGGGGGAUUGCCGAGCGGGGCGGGAUACGCGUGGGACAUCGCAUUAUCGAGAUCAACGGGCAGAGCGUGGUGGCCAUGCCUCACGAGAAGAUCAUCCAGAUCCUCACACAGGCGGUCAGCGAGAUCCACAUCAAAACCAUGCCAGCAUCAACAUACCGUCUUUUGACUGGCCAGGAACAACCUAUAUUCCUCUGAAGGGAGAAGAGAUUUUUUGGAGGGGGGAGAGUUAUCUCUUGCAUCUGCUUAACAAGUUGCAUGCACACACACCCAACUCCCCAGUCUUGCUUCACAAACUAGAUUCCUGCCCGCGGCCUUCACACGGUGUGGACUCAAGACACCCCUACCUUCAUUAGCUUUUUUUUGCUCCUGAAAUCACAGGAGCAAACAGUGUUUUGUUUGGCUUUAACUGGGAGGGUGGGGAUGUGUGUGGGAUUUUUUUGGGGGGGGGGCGCUGUGAAAUUAUCAACCCUUAACUGGGGGUUGGUUUCUGUGCUAGAACUCGCUGGAAGCCGGGAGAGGGGUUUUUGCAUGUGUGUGUGGAAUUCUUUUUUCAAGCCCGGACUGGGCAUGCAGAUGGUAGAGUCCUGAGAUAGCAAAUAAGGGACAGACUGUACCACAUCAAGCUGCAGGGGUGGUGAAGGAGAAAUAUAACAUAUUUUCUGUAUCUAUAUACACGUACAUACAUAUGUGCAUGUGUAUAUAUAUCUAUUGAUAUAUAUGUAUUAAAAUGUUCCCCUUACAUUAAAAAUAUAUCCUGAAAAUAGCAAAACAGCAUAGCUGGGAGUGGAUAACAUUUUCCCUUGAGUUGCUAGAUUUCUCCUUGCAGGAAGGCUUUUAAAAAAAAUGUUUUGAAGACCAAGCAAAACGGGGGAAAUUAAAAAAAUAUAUAGCAUCUCCUUUCUGGACAUUAUAAUGGGACAUUGUACAACCAUCUCUUCGCUCUACUGUGUUUCUUGAAGCACAGGCCAGACAGACUUCCUCCCCUCUUCUCCCACCCCCAAGUCCAGUUCAGCAUUACAUGUCUGGAGCUGGCGUUCGCAACAAGACACCGAUCGAAAGCCCUCAGGAAAUCCCAUCACGGGCAUGCCGUUCCACACAAUUUUGGGCAGGGGCUGGGAAAUGGCUUGCCCACUGGCAGAUCUACAGAUGCAGUAUUUUAAAAAAAAGAGAAGAUAUUUGGCUUCUUUUACCACUUCCGAGAAAGACAGCGAGUGAGUGAGAGAGAGAAUGAAUGAAUCUGAGUUCUCUUUUGGGCAGCUGCUGUUCCCCACUGGCAGAAAUCUAGCAUGCCAGGAAAAAGGUUAGAGUGAAGCCUAACUUGUUGCGGUGGUAGUGGUGGUGAAGCCCCCUCCUUGUAUCAGCAUAUCUCAGGGUGAGGCAUAUGGGAAAUAACAAUGUAUGAGGUGGGGGUGUUGAGUGCCUGCAAAGUUCUACUAAGCCAGCAAUGGAUCUACUAAGCAAGGAUGCACGCAGAAGGCAAUCGGCAUUAAGCAAUCUUAAAUGUUGUCGGAUCGCCAGACUAUGGCACUCCCUGCAUUGCAGUUUUUUUUAAAAGGCAUAUAUCAGCGGACAAUGAGGUUAAAGCAAAGUAAGCACCAAACCUCCAUCUCUAUCUCUCCCGCACGCACGUCUGCAAGAGAGCAGUAAACUCAUUGCUAGUGGCAAAGAGCUCAUUUGGAACACUUCCUCUCCUGCGGCUCCACUUGAUCUAUCCAUGGAGGCUUUUUUUCUAGAUGUGCGUGACAAUGCCCUCCAACCAAAAGGCACCCUCCUUCCACCGCUCAAAAGACUGAAACGUUGAGGAAAUAAAAGGAAUUUAGAGAACCGCAGUAUGGCCGUUUUAGAACACGGAGUGGCCUGGCCUGCAAGCCUGGCCUUUUGCAAACCCUCUCGCGCUCUCCUUGCCAGCGCCAGACAAAGGGCGAGACUUCACCAACUAGAAUUGGAAGGGACCUACGAGGCCAUCUAGUCCAACCCCCUGCUCAAUGCAGAAAUCCAAAUCAAAGCAUCCCCGACAGGUGGCUGUCCAGUUGCCUUUUGGAUACCUCCAGUGUUGGAGAGCCCACUACCUCCCUACGUCAUGGGUUCCAUUCUUGAUGUUUAGUCAAAAUCUGGCUUCCUGAAACUUGAGCCCAUUCUCCUGUGCCCUGCACUCUGGGAUGACCAAGAAGAGAUCCUGACUGUCAUAUUCCUUCCCACAUAAAAAGUUACCUGGCGACAUUUAAUUAGCCUGUCAGGGAAAGGCCUAAGCUAAAUUUCUUGAGGUGCUACUUGGCUAUUUAGGGGAUGGUUUGGCGCAUGGGGGGGGAAUGGGACCAAGGUUUAAGCCCUACUCAUCCUGUGUUAAGGCCUAGACUGCAAGAGGGGAGAAAGCUGCUGUUAUAAUCAGGUCAUGCUCUUCGGCUUCUGGUAGGCAUCUGAUGGGCCACUGUGAGAACGGGACCGCCAACAAAAUCAGCUAUCUAGUGCCUUGCCCCAAGGAGCCUGCAAAAGGAGUUUUGCGUCAGAAGACAGCAAAAAAGCUCAAACAGGCAUCACUCGCCAAGGUGACCUGGGAUGAAAAUUCCUUCCGGAGCACAGACAAAAACACAAAACAGGUUUGCUAAGUACCCCCACCCCCAUUUUGAAAGUAUAAUGGCUAAAAGAUGGUGCGAAGUAUCGGAGGGGCAGCCCAAUCUCAGUGACUUAGGCAAGCCUCGCCCUUCCCAUCCAGAACAUGGGGCCACUGCCGCCAGACUGGCCUACCUUGCAGGGUCGUCCCAAGAAGAUGGUGCCUGACGAUUUGUGAAGCAAGCCUCCUUCACGCCAGGACAGCAAAGGCUUUCCAGGAAAGUUGUCGAGAGUUAUUAAACUUGCCCUCUUUCCCCACCCACGUGCCUGGGUUUCCUCUGUCUCCUGCCGACUGAAAAGGACAGGCAGGCAACAGAGCUGAAAAUAAUGUCUUUAUUACAAAGGCAUACACAAAAGGGCCUUGCUCCGCCAUAUUUGUGCUGUGUGGAGGAGGAAAGCCCGCAGGCGUUAAGGCAAAAAUCCAGAGGGGGUUUCCCAUUACUUGGGCAGACACGAAAUGGAAAGUUUUUUAAAAAAACAGCUCAAAAUUUAUGGGUGUGUGGAGAUUUUUUUUUUUUUUUAAAGACACUGUAUGGUCAAUGCUGCCUCAAGGUCUUUGUUAAAAAGGGACAAGUAAUCGGCACGGUCCCUCCUCACACCCCCAGACUGCAAACUUUCAGAGCAGGGAUAGCCAAAAUGGUGCCCUCCAGAUAGGGCUGGACUCCAGUUCCCAGCAUGGUUAAUGGUUACGGAUAAUGGGAAUAGAAGCAGCAAGAUGGAACUUGCAAGUCACUCUCGAGAUGAGCCUGCUGGGACUGUAGACACAGCUUGAGGCUGGGCACCCUGAUGGGUUGGGAUCUGGGGGGGCUUCAGGAUGAGCAUCCUGACGGGUUGGGAUCCAGGGCCCUGAGGAUGGACACCCUAAUGGGUUGGGAUCCGGGGCCCUAAGGAUGGACACCAUAAUGGGUUGUGAACUGGGACCCUGAGGAUGGACACCCUGAUGGGUUGGGAUUCUGGGGCCCUGAGGAUGGGCACCCUGAUGGGUUAGGACUGCGAAGCAAGGCAACUGGAGACCAGACUUAACCCUGGGGAGGAGGAGGAGGGCUUGUUCUUUUUUUGCUGCUUUGCCAAACCAGCAGGAAAGGGGGCAAAGGGCUCCCUUAACAGGAGCAUUGGAAGACACAGACGGAUGAGGAGAACUUCCAUGUGGUAAAAAUAACACAGGCAUCCGGUAUAUCUUUCCCCAGCCACUACCUCCAUGUAGGGGAUGGGAACAGUCUUUUAAAAUAAUCUGGCGAGGAACUGCAGCCCCACCUGAUGGAGCUACAGGAGACCACCCAGCAGGGGGGUUUAGAGGUCUGUGGCGGGGCCCCAGUCGUAACCGUAGUCCUGAUCUGACUCGGAGUCGUAGGUCUGAGCAUAGGUGAACUUCUUCCUGAGGGCUUCAUGCUCGUAUUCCCUGGAAAAGACAAUGCAGGGUAAUUAAAUUAAGCAAAGGGGUGUUUUUCUAAAAAAAAUGUAAUUUUUUUAGGGUCUUCACUGAGAUUCCCAUAAUUCUUGACUGGGAUCGCCUCCUUCUUAAGGCCCUCCUCUUCCCCCCAGGCCAAAAAGGAACAGCCUCCUAAUUAUUUAAUCUACCAGUGCAAUUUAGAUCUCACAAGGUUACAAGGCAGGCAUCAAUACAGUGAUACCUCAGUUAACAAAUCCUCCAGCAAAUAAGCUCCUUUUAACAAAGUAUUUUGGGGGUGUGUGCACACUCUGACACUCUCAGAAUGUGGCUCCUUGUCUACCGGAUUGCGGCGGCUGCAGGCAGCUCAUGCGUGGCUGGAAUGGCGUUCCUUGCCAGGUGGCACAGAAGCCUUCGCAGUAAACAGUGCUUCGGGUGCCCUGGAAGCACUGUUUACUGCAGACGUGUCUGCUCGAGUGCAUGGGAGGAUGGCAGAGAAAGAGAGCCCAAGCGCAGGGUGGUGGCGAUGGUGGCUGCCCCUUGCCUGCCUGCUCAAGUGUACGGAGAGUAGGGCUGUGCUCAAAGUUG